AUGUUUCCUUCUUUUGAAGUGUUUACUUCUUCUUCUUUGGUGUAUUUCAGUGCUCAAACAGAACAAGGACUAUCCAGGAAGCAUCUUUUCGAAGGUCUUCGUUCUUCACUGGAAAGACUUCAACUUGAAUAUGUAGAUAUUGUAAUUGUAACACGUCAGAAAGACUCAUUGAUUCCAGUUGAAGUUGUCAGAACUUGUACACAUCUUAUUCAUCUUGGAUGGACAUUUUACUGGGGGACAUCUGAAUGGCUGCCGUCUGAAAUUAUGCAAGCUCAAACUAUCGCUAGACAAUUCAAUUUAAUCCCUCCAUCCGUCGAUCAAAAUGAACUGAAUCUGCUGAAUAGAAGUCAAUUACAAAAUAUGCGAGAAGUUUGUGUCAAAUUAAAUAUUGGUGUCAUGACUGGAUCUCCACUUGCCGGUGGAAUUCUGACUGGAAAAUACAUCGAUAUUAUUCCAAAUUUCUCAAGAGCGACAUUGAAGGGUCAACAGCCUAUGCAAGAUAAACUUCUCAGUACAGAGGGUUUAACACAAAGGGAACAAGUUAAGCAGCUGUGCAAGAUAGCCAGUCGAAUUGAAUGUACCUGUGCACAACUGGCUAUUGCUUGGUGUCUUCGGUGUCCACAUGUUAGCAGUGUUGUUAUUGGAGCGGCAACAGUUGAUCAGUUACAAGAGAACAUAAUGUCGAUCAUGAUAUACCCAAACUUAACGCCCAGUAUACUUUCUGAAUUGAAUUCUCUACUCACCAUAACAGAUUCCAGUGAUAAUUUCCUCUAAAAAGACGCAUACUCAUAAACAAUUCGCCACCUCUGCACGUUAAGUGAAAACCAAUUUUCACUUGACGUGUGUCAACGUUACACAAUUCAAGACAGUAUCAGUUAAAAUCAAAGUCCAUGAAAGUCUACGACACUUUCAAGAUUCAUGCAAACACGAUACUAGUGGAAGGACAUGAUUGAUUUAGAAACCUUCCAACGUUUAACGAAUGAAUCGUAUCUCCAAUUAUUUUUAUUCUUUUUUCUCCUUCUAUGAUUCAUACAUGUGCAUAUUUCCAGAUUCAAUAAUUCACUUGAUAAACUGACAGUUUUUAACCCCAUUUAUUUUCUGUAG